CGAAAGAGAUGAAACGAAGCAGAGCAGAGGCCGCCACCACAACUCCUGCCGAGGGCCAGCGGCGGCAAAAGGCAACGAAGCCCAAGCCCUCGACGUCAGGAGCAAGGGCGCGGGUAAGCGCGACGGCGGAGAAUUCACGGAAGGGCGGAGGAGAGGACAAAAGCCUGGCUGUUGCAACGGCCGAACUGCAGCAGUCUUCACCUGCUCCGCUUGCGUCCGUGGUGGAGGAAACAAUGGCGUGGGAUGACGGGGCGGCGGAGCUUGGUGAGUGGUGGUGGUGCCUGUGGGGCGUGGAGGAGGAGAAGCUCUCGGGGUGGUUCCCGUUUGUGGACGAAGACUUCCUCUGCUCCGAUACCAGAGGAGGAGAGCGGUGGGGUGAACUGCUAUGGGAAGAAAUGGACCAUGAUAUCUGGCAGCUGCACCACAUCCAUGAAAUCCCACACGCAGCACGCAAAUGAUGACGGCCAUACAUUCUCCCUUCCUUCAUUUCUUUAAGCGAGUAGAGGAAUCAGAGAGGAGCUGAGAACAAUGACACCUUUGGGAGUGGGUUUAAUCUUAUCGGUCUCUUUUGGUCUUUGUUGUUGGGGUGUACAAAUGGUGUUCGGAGGUAGACAUACCGAAGGAAAGCACAUCUUGGAAAUGGAAUGCUAGUCUUUUGGUCUUCAAUGAACGGCGCCUACUCUUUCUUAUCUUGAUUUGUUCUG